UAUCAAACGCUCUCUUUCCAACUCCCUCUUAUAUAAUAUCAAGCUUUUGAGUAAAAUGGACAUAAAAAACCACCACAUUACAAUUUUUUUUCCCAAAUCCUUAAACUUUUAGUAUUCCAUUUUUCAAAUGGGAAGUAUUAAUAACGAAAUUGACGACAUCAGUUUUCAUGUCGUCAACCCAUUAGAUCCAGAGGAAUUCAGAAGUCAAGCACACAAAGUUGUUGAUUUCAUUGCAGAUUAUUACAAAAACAUCGAACAAUUCCCAGUUGUUAGCCAAGUUCAUCCUAGUUAUCUUCGAAAAACCAUUCCCCAACAAUCAGCUCCAAAUGCUCCUGAAUCCUUGGAAUCCAUUCUUCAAGAUGUCAGCCGACAUGUCGUUCCAGGUAUUACUCAUUGGCAGAACCCUAACUUUUUUGCAUACUUUCCUGCUAGCAACAGCACUGCAGGUCUUCUAGGAGAAAUGCUCAGCACUGGCUUCAAUGUCGUCGGUUUUAACUGGCUGUCGUCCCCGGCUGUCACCGAGCUUGAAAUGUUGGUGGUUGAUUGGUUUGGUGAGAUGCUUAAUUUACCUAAAUCUUUCCUGUUUUCGGGCGGCGGUGGUGGCGGCGGCGUUCUUCAAGGGACUACUUGUGAAGCAAUUUUAUGCACUUUGGUGGCUGCGAGAGACAAGAAACUUAAAGAGAUUGGAAGAGAAAAGUUGAGUAAGCUUGUUGUUUAUGGUUCCGAUCAAACUCAUAUGUCCUUACAAAAGGCUGCACAUGUCGCAGGUUUUUCUGAAGAAAAUUUUCGAGUUAUUAAGACAACAAAAUCAGAGUCAUUUAGGCUAUCUCCAAACUCUCUAAAAAUGGCAAUUCAAUCUGACAUAAAAAAAGGGUUUGUCCCAUUAUACCUCUGUGCAACCAUUGGAACAACUUCCACCAAUGCCGUGGACCCGCUUGACCCACUAUGUGAUAUAGCACAACAAAAUGGAAUUUGGGUUCACGUCGACGCUGCAUAUGCCGGAAGCGCAUGCAUUUGUCCAGAGUUUCGACAUUUCAUAAACGGCAUCGAGAAGGCAAAUUCAUUCAGCUUGAAUGCCCAUAAGUGGUUCUUCUCGGCACCGGAUUGUUGCUGUUUGUGGUUGAAGGAUCCGUCAACAUUGAGAAAUUCUCUCUCAGUGAACCCUCUGUAUUUAAGAAAUAAAGCAACAGAUUUAGGCGAAGUGGUGGACUAUAAAGAUUGGCAGAUUACACUCAGCAAAAGAUUUCGAGCAAUAAAAUUAUGGGUUGUGAUGAAAAGCUAUGGAGUAGCUAAUUUGAGGAAUCUUUUGAGAAGCCAUGUGAAAAUGGCCAAGCUUUUUGAGGAGCUCGUGGGGAGGGAUGAGAGGUUUGAGGUUGUGGUUCCGAGGAAUUUUGGGUUAGUUUGUUUCCGAUUGUCGUUUAAUGAAGUUGACAAGUCGAAUACAAUGAACUUGAAAUUGUUGGAGGGGAUUAACAAGUCGGGAAGAGUUUACAUGACACAUGCUAUUGUUGAAGAUAUGUAUGUGAUUCGAUUUGCCGUUGGUGGGUCCAUGACGGAGGAACGACAUGUCAUCAUGGCAUGGAAGCUCGUGCAAGAACUGGUAAAGAAGGUCUUAGAGGGGUGAUACUUGAGUGCAUCCCAUGAUGCACCUAUCUCUUUGCUUUCCUCUCCCAUCACUGACACUAAAAAAUAAUUAAAAUAUUUCAAUAAUAAAUAAGAAUAAUUUACCACAUGUCAUAUUAUGAUAUGCCACUUUGAUGGGAUACACAAGUAUUUUUUGUCCAAAAAAGGUUUAAACUUAUUUUUACGAGAAACACAUUGAAUAAAUAAGGUAAGGGAAUUGGUAAAACUCUUUAUUCAAAAAAAUGUGGUGAAGAUUGGAA